AUGGCAGGAAUCUGCAAAGGUGCUGGUAUGAUUCAUCCUAAUAUGGCAACUCUUUUGGCAACUAUUCUAACUGACUUGCCAAUCACUGCAUCAGCAUUAAAUAAUGCUUUAAAAUAUGCCGUUGAUAGAUCAUUUAAUUCCAUUAGUAUUGAUGGCGAUAUGAGUACAAAUGAUACUUUUGCUGUAUUAGCAAAUGGUGCUGCUGUUGCAAAUGUCAAUGAUAAAAAUUUGAUUGUUAAUGAUGUACAAAGUAUUGAUUUCCUAAAAUUUAGAGAUGAUCUUACUAAAUUUGGAACUGAAUUGGCUCAAUUGAUUAUUAGAGAUGGUGAAGCAAAAAAAGUAUGUUCGACAAUUGCAACAUCAGCACUUGUCAAAACAGCAUUAUAUGGACAAGAUGCAAAUUGGGGUCGUAUAUUAUGUGCAGUAGGAUAUUCAGGCAUUCAAUCCAUCAUACCAAACAAAGUUUCUGUUUCAUUUAUACCAACAGAUGGCACAACACCUUUGAAAUUGCUUACAUUUGGUGAACCAGAAAAUGUUGAUGAGGCGAGAGCAAGUGAGAUUUUAAAAAUGGAAGAAUUGGAAAUCAAUGUUGAUUUAGGAAUUGGUAACGAUGAGGCAAAGAUGUGGACUUGUGAUUUUAUUCAUAGGCAAACUAAUGAUUGCAUGUCCAAAUAG